GGCUGCGCGGCGGCGCAUAGGUUCGGCCAAGAUGGCAGCCCUGGAGGAGGAGUUCACGCUGGCCGCGGUACACCUGGGUGCCGGGCCCGACGGGCUCCUGGGAGUGGAGCAGAGCGACAAAGCCGACCAGUUCCUGGUGACGGACAGCGGCAGGACCGUCAUCCUCUACAAGGUUUCAGAUCAGAAACCCUUGGGGAGCUGGUCAGUGAAACAAGGUCAGAAUAUAACAUGCCCUGCUGUGUGCAACUUUCAAACGGGAGAGUAUAUCAUUGUACAUGAUAAUAAGGUCUUGAGAAUAUGGAAUAAUGAAGAUGUAAACCUGGAUAAAGUGUUUAAAGCUACACUGUCGGCCGAGGUCUGCAGGAUACUGUCCGUGCAAGGGGCAGAGCCCUUGGUGCUCUUCAGGAAAGGCGCGGUCCGCGGCUUGGAGGCCUUGCUGGCAGAGCCCCAGCAGGACAUUGAAGCUGUGAUCUCUGAGGACGAAGUGAUUAAGUGGACAAAGAUCUUCAUGGUAUUUAGGCACCCGGUUUUAAUUUUUAUUACUGAAAAACAUGGAACUUACUUUGCUUAUGUACAGACAUUUAACACGCGUGCGUUAAACAAAUUCACACUCUUACUUGGACAAGAAGAGAAAUCUGUUAUACAGAGUUUCAGUGCCUCUGUGGACAGGAAGUUCAUCUCUCUGCUGUCUUUAAGCUCUGAUGGGUGCAUGUAUGAAGCCUUGAUCCCGCUGCAUCCCAGCGACCCAGAGAAGAGUCAGCAGGUUGUUAGGUCACUGGUGCUGAAGGACGUGAUGCUCUGUAGCUCUCGCAGUGGCGCUGCCCUCGCGAUCCUGGACCAAGACCAUGUGGCAGUGCUGGGACCCCCAUCACCAGCCGCUAAAGACUGCCUUGCCAUAUGGAACACGAAGUUUCAGACACUGCAGGCUUCAAAGGAGUUACCGCAAGGCACCAGUGCUCAACUCUGGUAUUAUGGAGAAAAUUUAUUCAUGCUACAUGGAAAAUUUCUAACUGUGAUUCCAUAUAAGUGUGAAGUGUCAUCAUUAGCUGGUGCUCUUGGGAAACUCAAGCAUAGUCAGGAACCAGGCUCCUACACUGUGCCCCAGUUUGUAAAUUGGGAGACUUCCCAGGAAAAUGAAGAUGGAUCCCAGAACACAGAGCAGUCAAAGAGAACGUUGAGGAGAAGAAAAGUUGAGACGAGUGGACAGCAAGAGGUUUCAGCAUCUAAACUUCUCUCAGCAAUAAAGAAAGACUCAGAAAAACAUAUUGAAGUGGAACUGCGUAAAUUUUUAGCUACUAAACGGACACCUGACUUUCAAACCAUCAUUGGAGACAUAGUCACGGGGCUUCUGGAACGACGUCAAGCAGAACCGUCGUUUUACCCCCGCAACUGUCUGAUGCAGCUUAUCCAGACCCACGUGCUGUCUUACAGCCUGUGCCCUGGCCUCCUGCUGGCCGCCCUGGAACGCGCCGAUGUGCAGGUCCUGCAGCUCUGCCUCCAGCACUUCCCCGACAUCCCCGAAUCCGCCACCUGCGCCUGCCUGAAAAUCUUUUUGAGUAUUGGCGACGACAGUCUCAAGGAGACUGACAUCAGUGUGGAGUCGGUGUCUGACUACAUCGACGCUGCCGACGGGGAGAAAAUGGAGCAGCAGCCCGAGAUUCUUCAGAACGGCUUCACCCCCAGAGAAGACAGCUGUGAGAAGUGUGAGAGGCCUCAGGACCCGCGAGAGGAGACCACCGCCUGCCCCGUCGUGCCAAAGCGAGCAGCUCUGCUAAACGCAGUUCUUCAUUCUGCAUAUAGCGAGACCUUCCUCCUGUCGCACUUGAAAGACAUCCCAGCCCAGCAUGUCACUCUCUUCCUCCACUAUUUGUAUUUCUUGUAUCUCAAGUGCAAUGAGAAUGCAACCAUGACUCUUCCUGGGACACAUCCUCCCACCCUGAGCCAGAUCAUGGACUGGAUAUGCCUUCUGCUAGAUGCUAACUUCACUGUCGUCGUAAUGAUACCAGAAGCAAAAAGGUUACUGUUAAGUCUUUACAAGUUUGUGAAAUCCCAGAUAUGCAUUUGUUCUGAACUCAAUAAGAUUGAAGUAAGUUUUCGUGAACUGCAGAAAUUAAAUCAAGAAAAAACUAGUAGAGACUUAUAUUCCAUCGAAGUGCUGGAACUCUUCUGACAGCCCAGCCCGCGCGGGGGUCUCGUGGAGCUCUCCCGGCGAACCCUCCUCCGGCUGCGGCAGCCGUGCAGGCCCGGACCUGUGUGGACUGUCCCGGUGCCCCAAGCUCUGGCCUCGGCCCCACGGGACCCUGGUGGUUCAUGGACUAGGGACCAGGUUCUGAAACUAGGAAAAAGUAUGUCACAGAGCUAAUUUUAAGUAAACUUAAUUUGUUUAUUGAUAAAACGUCUAAUUUCUUAUGUGUUUGCAACAACUUUUCUUUUAAUAAAAUGCCACCACUGACACUGGAAUUCCAGAAAGAACGCAGCUGUGUGAGGUUGGCAUUCCACUGUCCCAUCUGCUCCUCCUGUCCCUGCUGCCCCGGGUCGAUGGCGCCUCUCCGGUCACCUCUGUGAAGCUUUGCUCACUAGUGUUGUGAAGGUGCAUCCCCAAACACUGAAACUCAUCUUCAGAAAACAGGUUGACAAUGUUGGUGACCGUAGUCCUACAAGCCCUGGUUACCCAGUUUAAAGUACUUCUCUUUCUGUAACUCCAGUAUUUGGCAUUCUAUUCUGUUGAACCGAUUUCUUCUAAUACCCUCUAAUACACAAAUUUGUAGUAAGGUGUACUGUAUCACUUUUAGCCCUUUUGACAUUUGGGGGAGUGGGGAGCCACACCCCGUGGUGCUCAGGGAUUACUCCUGGCUCCGAAGUCAGAAAUGAACUCCUGACAGGCUGAGGCACCCGUAUGGGGUGCAGGGAUUGAGCCCUGGUCGGGUGCGUGCAAGGCUAGCUCGCCCUCCCCACUGUACCCUCUCACCAACCCCAAACUGGGUGUUUGAACUAAACUGGGACUUAGUACAGCAGGUAGCACGAGUGCCAGGCGGCGCCUGACCCAGCUUCAGAUCCCAGCCCCGCUGGGGUCCCUGCGUGACAGGCCCCAGGCGGCAUCACAUCCUCUAGCCCUGACACUGAACCAUGCCCUGGGCGGCUAAGGCCUGGGCAGAGAGAGAGUACAGGGGUUCAGGCGUUGGCCUUGCAUGCAUGAGGCUGGUUCAGGUGCCAUGUUCAGUGCUACAUUGUACCUUGCACAUUACCAGGUGUGUUCCAGAAACAGCAAAAAAAGUAUCUUCUGGGCCAGCAUGCUAGUACAGCAGGUACUUGCCUUGCAGGCAGCCCACAGGAGCUCAAUCCCUGACACCCCACAUGGUCCCCCAAACUG